AUGCCUGGCCUUCCCACCAGUAUCGACCUGGAUGAGUGCAUCGAGAGACUCUAUCGCAAGGAGCUCCUCGCCGAGCCAGUGAUUGAGGCUAUCUGUGCUAAGACUAAGGAGCUGCUCAUGAAAGAGAGCAAUGUCGUUCAUAUCAAGGCGCCAGUAACCGUGGUUGGGGAUAUUCAUGGCCAGUUCUUCGAUUUACUGGAGAUUUUCCGCAUUGGUGGCUUUUGUCCCAAUACCAACUAUCUUUUCCUCGGUGAUUAUGUCGACCGUGGACUAUUCAGUGUUGAAACGAUUUCACUGCUCGUUUGUCUCAAAUUGCGCUACCCACACCGAGUGCACCUUAUUCGUGGCAACCAUGAGUCCCGCGGUGUUACCCAAUCCUACGGAUUCUAUACCGAGUGUGCGCGCAAAUAUGGAAAUGCCAAUGUGUGGCAUUACUUCACAGAUAUGUUCGAUUACUUGACGCUAAGUGUUGUCAUUAAUGAUGAGAUCUUCUGUGUGCAUGGAGGUCUUUCUCCCUCUAUCCACUCUAUCGAUCAGAUCAAGAUCAUUGACCGCUUCCGCGAAAUUCCACAUGAAGGACCAAUGGCCGAUUUGGUUUGGUCUGAUCCGGACCCAGAUCGAGACGAAUUCUCUCUCUCUCCUCGGGGUGCUGGAUAUACCUUUGGUGCACAGGUGGUUCGGAAGUUCCUUGAGGUGAACAAUAUGUCCCACAUUCUACGGGCCCACCAGCUCUGCAAUGAAGGUUAUCAGGUUCUUUUCGAUGACCGGCUGAGCACGGUUUGGAGUGCGCCCAACUAUUGUUACCGCUGUGGGAACCUCGCCAGUGUGCUGGAGGUGGGCGAUAAAAUGGAGCGCUUCUUCAACAUCUUUGACGCGGCCCCUGAAAAUGAUGUGCACCGCAAUGAGCAGCAGGCACAGCAAAGUCGGGACUCGCAGCCAGUGAUUGACUAUUUCUUGUGA